AUGGAAAAUGGAAAAUGGGAGACACCUAUCCCUAUUGAGAAGUUUAAUGUACAUAUCUAUGCAGAAGUGCUCGCGUUUUUUAUUGGUCGGACGGACGACUUCUCGACUUUCGAGUCAUAUUCCGAUUUCAAAGCUGAGGACGACGACAAGGAAAACGAUACGAAGAAGCUGAAGCUGAAGAUGGGCUUCGUGGGUCUUGUUGAAUUUGCCCUUCAAUGCUUGGAUGUUCUUGCAUGGCCUCUGCUUGCUCUGCUGUAUCCUCUAUGUUGUUCCAUUAGGGCGAUUGAGGCCAAUUCUAUUUCAGAUUCUCAGAGGUUGAAUGCUUAUUGGGUUGUCUUCUCAUUGCUUUUGCUCUUUGAACAUGCAUUUAUGAAGUUCCUUGAAUGGCUCCCCCUGUGGCCGCACAUUAGGCUAAUGAUUGUCUUCUGGUUGCUGAUACCUCAAUAUGGUGGUGCAUUUUAUGUCUAUAACCACCUUAUCCGUCCAUGCCUCUCCAUGGACCUACAAAUUGUUAUCAACUGUUUCAACAAGCCGAAAAAAUCCUCGUUUGACAGAGACAAUUUUCUUGCCGAGGUGGAGAGAUAUGUAAAGGAGAACGGACCUGAAGCUCUGGAAAAUAUUGUUGCUUCCACAUCUGAGAAAACGAAGUCAAGUCCCGAUGCGAAAGAGUUCAAGGCAGUUUCUCUGGAGAAUAAAGAGAAGACACCUUUUGAAGGUGCUUAUGGACUUAAGCCUCAAAAUGUUCUUGACUUAGUUCCACUUCCAGAAGAGAUGAAGAUGAGUGAUGAUGGAGAGGGUUUGGCGGACCAAGUGAAAAGAGUGCAUGAAGAAGUGAGGGCAGUUAUAAAGGGUAGUAAUGAAUCGUCUGCAGUCGCUGCCAAUCAACACCGAAAAGUCAAAGAUUUUGAAGAAGGUGACAUGGUUUGGGUGCAUUUGAAGAAGGAAAGAUUUCCAAAAGGCACAUACCAUAAAUUGAAGUCCAAGAUGUUUGGGCCAUAUAAGGUGUUGAAGAAAAUGAGCUCAAUCGCUUACAUGAUAGAGCUGCCACCGGAUCUCCAGAUUAGCCCAUAUUUCAAUGUCUCUGAUUUGUAUUUGUUUGAGGGAUUUGAUGAAGAAACAAUUUCAAAGGAGGCACAACCAUGUAUUGUUGAGGAUGUGUUGGAUGUCAAAGAGGUGACGUCAAAGAAGGGUAACCAAUAUAGGCGGUUCUUAGUGAAAUGGUUGGGUAAGAAUGCUACUGAGAAUACUUGGAUUGCUGAAUAUGAUUUAAAGAGGACUGUUGCAGAGAGAUAUGCUGAAGUUGUUAAAGCUUUCUCGCCAGAGUCGACUUCUUCCCAACCUGGCGGAGUUGAUGCAGGAGCAUCUGUUCAUUAG